UAUUUCUUAAUUAACAAAAUCAGGUAAAUAAUGUCGCUCACCGUCUAAGCACUUAAAAUAAUGGUCUAAAUUAGGAGAUAGAUGAACCCACCGAUUGGAGAACAAGCAAAUGAGAAUGCUGUAGUUGCCAACGGAGGAAUUCUCUUAUUAGACAGAAUUCUUGAGAGCAUAGGGAGCCUUUUUUCUUCAUUAACUUACAAAGAAAAACCUAAAAUGGAACAAGUUGAUAAAGCGAUGAAACAAUUAGCUAGGACCCAGAUUAUCAAAAAGGUUGCAAGCUUGUACCUCUUCCAUUCUCCUUAUUAUCACAAUACUUUGGGACAAGAGAUGGUGCAAAAGCCUGAAGCUGAAGAAGAAGAAGUUAAAAUUAAUAAAAACAUCCAUGAAAAUUCAAUUUGUGAGGAGUCCAACGAAGAAUGUAAAUCAGAAGAUAGCACAAAAAGUGAAAGCUUGCUUGGAUUCAUAAAAACGACAAAAUCUGAGAGCGUAGAAAGUAUCGAAUCCAGCCAGAGCUUAAGUAGAAGUCAUGACUCUUCAGACAGUUAUAAUCCUUUUAUUAAUAAUGAUGGAGAAGAAAGAAAAGAGGACGAUAGUUCAUCCCACAACAGUGAUUUUAGGAGUGGCAAUUCAGACCCAGUCAGUUUAUCCUUAUGUUCAAGUCAUGAGUCUGAUAAUGAGAGUUUAGAUCAAGAUAAUGAACAUAAAGACGAAGAAGAUUCUUCUCAUGAGGCGGAUAGCUCCUCUUUCUCAGGUGACCUCAUACAGAGCUAUAAUUACUAG